AUGGCUGAGGGCGAGCGGCAACCGCCGCCAGAUUCUUCGGAGGAUACCCCUCCAGCCACUCAGAACUUCAUCAUUCCAAAAAAGGAGAUCCACACGGUUCCAGACAUGGGCAAAUGGAAGCGUUCUCAGGCGUACGCUGACUACAUCGGGUUCAUCCUGACCCUCAACGAAGGUGUGAAGGGGAAGAAGCUGACCUUCGAGUACAAAGUCUCUGAGGCCAUUGAGAAGCUGGUCGCCCUUCUCAACACGCUGGACAGGUGGAUCGAUGAGACCCCUCCGGUGGACCAGCCCUCUCGAUUUGGGAACAAGGCCUACAGGACCUGGUAUGCCAAACUCGACGAGGAAGCAGAAAACUUGGUGGCCACGGUGGUCCCCACCCAUCUGGCAGCUGCCGUGCCCGAGGUGGCCGUUUACCUAAAGGAGUCCGUGGGGAACUCCACGCGCAUCGACUAUGGCACAGGACAUGAAGCAGCCUUUGCUGCUUUCCUCUGCUGCCUCUGCAAGAUUGGGGUGCUCCGGGUAGACGACCAAAUAGCUAUUGUCUUCAAGGUGUUCAAUCGGUACCUCGAGGUUAUGCGGAAACUCCAGAAAACGUACAGGAUGGAGCCAGCCGGCAGCCAGGGAGUGUGGGGCCUGGACGACUUUCAGUUCCUGCCUUUCAUCUGGGGCAGCUCACAGUUGAUAGACCACCCGUAUUUGGAGCCCAGGCACUUCGUGGACGAGAAGGCCGUGAACGAGAACCACAAGGACUACAUGUUCCUGGAGUGUAUCCUGUUUAUUACUGAGAUGAAGACCGGCCCCUUUGCAGAGCACUCCAACCAGCUGUGGAACAUCAGUGCCGUCCCCUCCUGGUCCAAAGUGAACCAGGGUCUGAUCCGCAUGUAUAAGGCUGAGGGGGGUGCCGCACGCUGUGGGGCCUGGGACGCAUCUGGGAACGGCUGCCACGAGUCCGAGCCUUCCCCGUGGAGGGAUGGCGUCGGUGCGGAAAUGGGCCACGGCUGCCGGGAGAGUCUGGCGGGGAGAGAGGAGGCUGGGAUGCAGGGAGGCCAGAUGGCUGGUAUGGGGACCUCAGAACAGUUUUGA